CUCUCUGUUACUCACUCGCCACCUUUUCUCUUCUUCACUCAUUUCAUUAUCAGACAUAAUCAUCUGCGGAGAUCUAUCUCUUCCUCUUUCCUUCGCUUCCUGGGACAUGGCAGGUGGUGUCGAGCGUUGAGUCCGGGGCUAACAUGAGACCGCAACAACAUGCGGCGGUGAGCCGAUCUGUUCUUCCUCAAGAUCUCAAUCGACGCGACCGCAACGAAGAAUGGAGAAAUGCUCCCGCAGUCAAAUGCAAGCUGCACAAUCUUCCACCCGGGACAACGACUCUUGACAUCCACCGAAAUCUUCGUCGUUUCGGAAAUGUCGAACACAUCCGUAUCGAAGAGACCCGCCAGGGUGAUUUUUCCAGGACAGCGUUGGUCACGUUCAAACCACCGCCUGAACGUACAGCACCAUGGGAUCCUCGUCUCAAUGGGAUCAAGUUCGUCAUCGGCGACUCCAGUAGGGAUCGACCACCCACUGUCAAAGUCUUUGGUCCGAUCAUCCACGCCUUUGCUCAGCAGGUCGACAGCCCAAUCAGAUCGGGUCUCAAGUACCCUUCUGACAUGACCCUCCAUGCCGAGAGCAUCGACUUCGGGUACUUGGAGCGCCCUACCUCCAUGGUCAUCAAGGCUACGAAACGACCCUCAGGAGAAGAUGCCGUCAAGCUGGUGCUGAACUUGAAGAAGCUGGAACUCGGCGUCCACUUCCCCAUCGAUCUGAAGUCCAAGGGUGCGUCUACUAUACGCUCCUAUCGCUUCUUCGUGGCUCUCGACGAUCAGUUCUCUCUCUGUGAAGUCCCCGGGUCGACUACAACCUCAUUGAUCAUCCACCUCGCAAACCCUCCAUGGUACUCUAGGCAGUUGAAAGAUGCGGUGGCAAUGAGCCAUGCCACAGACUCCCACAGAUGGACUCAGGACGAUACCUGGUUUCGACAGACGGACAUUGUUGAGGACAAGAAGGAUUAUGGUAUCAUCGACGGCAGCCCCGUCUCAGUGAAGAAGUUGUUCAAUAGCAUCAACAUUGCAAGAUGGACGACGUUCCGUAUCACGAUCAAGGCGAUUCCUGGAAAUGCUCGAGCCUAUGCACCCUUGCAACAAUUUCUCAAGGCUCUUCAGGAUUUCAACGUCCCUAUUCGACGCAACCCUGAUAUCAAAAUCUUCCAAGACCUCGCGGGUGAACCCCGCGUUUGGGACCUUCUUGAUGCCAAACAUACAUCGCAUUCUCUCAGCGAGCAGCUAUCGGAGAUAUACCUCUCCUUCCAUGUACGGUAUCAACUGGAAGUUUGCAUCUCGCAGGGCUGGUUGAACGAAUAUACCCUGGAUGAAGCAUUCUUGCGUCGACUCGCCGCCAUGCCGCCACAUCGGGCCAAGCAAACACUGAUCCACGUAGACUCAUAUCAGCAGCGAGUUUAUAACCCCAUAGAUAUCUUCACUGAUCUCCGUUAUUCCAAGCCAGUCAGAGCCCGUCCACUCCCGACCAAUUGUAUUGAGAUACAUCAUGCCACAGUCACAGCGACCGGUAUACUCUUCCAUACGCCUUCUGUCGAGAUCACCAAUCGUAUCAUCCGGAAGUACCAACGGUACAGCGACAGAUUCCUACGUGUUCGCUUCGAGGACGACUCGUAUCGGGGACAAUCCCGACUUUACGCGGCAACAAAUGGCAAGAUGAAGUUGAUCUUUGAAAAGGUGCGAAGAACGAUGAAGCACGGAAUCAUCUUAGGAGAACGCCACUACCAGUUUCUCGCCUGGGGCAACUCCCAACUACGAGAGCACGGCGCCUACUUCUUUGCACCUAUUGAUGACAUCACUCCGGACUCCAUUCGCACAGAAAUGGGCGUUUUCGAGCGCGAAAAGGUGGUCGCGAAGCGUGCUGCUCGAAUGGGUCAAUGUUUCUCUACCACCAGACCUGUAUCAGUGGUGAGCAAGCGGGCCUGGAAGAAGGACCCGAUUCCGGACAUUGUCAACGGACGAUACACCUUCACAGACGGGGUAGGAAAGAUAUCAAAACUCACCGCCCAACUGGUCCAUGCACAUCUCAAGUUGAAGGGACCAGUUCCUUCAGCAUUCCAGUUUCGUUUGGGCGGGUGCAAGGGCGUACUUGUCAUUGAUCCUGACCUAUCUGGCCUCGAUAUCAAGAUCCGACCAAGUCAAUACAAAUUCGACAGCACGUCAGACGAGCUCGAAAUCAUUCGUGUGUCCGAAUUCUGGCAACCAUUUCUCAAUCGGCAAUUGAUUCUGGUGCUUUCGGACCUAGGCGUGCCGGACAAGGUCUUUCUGAUCAAACAAGACGACUGCAUAGACGCCCUUAAUCGCGCUUUGAUCGAUGACGCUGCCGCUCUAAGCGCUUUGCGUGACAAUGUUGAUCCGAAUUUGAUGACCCUCAGCAUUGCCACCAUGAUUGAGGAUGGCUUUCGACAGAGCAAUGAGCCUUUUGUCACAUCACUCUUGAGAUUGUAUCGAGCCUGGACAUUGAAAUACCUGAAAGAAAAGGCAAAGAUUCCAGUUGCUCAAGGAGCAUUUGUCUUGGGAGUCGUGGAUGAGACUAAGACUCUUCGUGGCCACGUUGACAACAAUUCGAAGGCUUUCCAGGACAACAAGCAACCCUUUCUGCCCGAGAUAUUCAUGCAAUAUACAAAUCAACACACGGGAAAACUCUGCGUCGUGGAAGGUGUUUGUAUCAUUGCUCGAAAUCCUUCCCUUCACCGAGGCGACAUCCGAGUCGUCAGAGCGAUCGAUGUCGACCAGCUGCAUCACCUGAGUGAUGUUCUGGUCAUGCCCGGCACGGGUGAUCGGGAUCUACCGAGUAUGUGUUCUGGCGGUGAUCUGGAUGGAGACGAUUAUGUGGUCAUCUGGGACCCAGACUUGAUACCAAAGGAAUGGAAUGCAGAACCCUUCGACUAUGAAGCCCCAAGCCCUGUCACAAAGGAGAAGAUAUCCACACACGACAUCAUCAACUUCUUUUGCGACUAUAUGCAAAACGACUAUCUGGGCAGGAUCGCUCAUGCUCAUCUUGCGGCUGCCGACUUUCUUGACGACGGAAUCAGAAGCGAACAGUGCCUGGAGCUCGUCAAGCUUCAUUCCAUGGCUGUUGACUAUCCGAAAACCGGCGUCCCUGCGACAAUGCCAAGAGCACUGGAACGAACCAAAUGGCCACAUUUUAUGGAAAAGAAAAGAUCGGGAGAGUACCGAUCUCACAAGAUCCUGGGCAAAUUGUACGAUGCUGUUGAACGAGUCAACUUCCAACCAAAUUGGGAUGGUGCAUUUGAUCAACGAAUACUAUCGCACAAAGUGCCACCACCUGCAAUAUUGGAUGCUGUCAGCCAGCUCAAGAAAAGUUAUGAUGAGAGCAUGCGUCGCAUCAUGGCACAGCAUCAGAUCCGCACCGAAUUUGAGGUCUGGUCUACGUUUGUUCUGCACCAUAGCAAAGCGGCCCGCGACUUCAAAUUCCACGAAGAGAUUGGGGAACACGCGAAGAACUUAAAGCAACAGUACUACGAUGCUUUGGUUGUCGAAGCCAAAGGCCCCGAGUUUGAAAAACUGGUACCCUACGCGUUAGCAGCGUACCAUAUUACUCAGAACGAAGUUCAGAGAUUCCGGGAAAAGUUUAAGAACCAUGAUGAGGAAGAAGCUGAGGAUCAUGAUUGGGACGCUGCUGAAGCACCAUUCAUCAGCUUUCCAUGGGUCCUGCAAGAUGUGUUGGGAAAGAUUGCGAGAAGCACCGUGCUUAAUAGCGGGGCGUCCCAGUCAAACAGUGUCGAAACUACCAGUGAACAAAGUCGGCAUUUGAAGGCAGUCCUCGAUGACUUUGACAACGCGGAAGGAAAUGCUAAGUGGUUGAGAAUCGGAGAGCAUUUGCCUGAUCCUUUCGUGCCCGAGACACCAGCUAUCAGUGCUGAGAGUCGUGAGGCAAGCGAAGCUCAAGCAGAAGCAGCAUCAACGGAGAAAAAGACGAGAACGAGCGAUGUUCACAGCGCAGCAUCUCCGGGCUCUUCCAGAACUCUUCCACAGUUGAAAGUUUCCACUUCGAAAUCGAAGACCCGAGACGAGCAGUCGACAUCCGAGAGCGGCUCGAUGGUGUCUUCCGUGGGUUCUAGACUCUCGAGCGUUGAGAGUGGCGACACAAGCCCGGAGGAUCUUCAUGCUCCAACAUCUGCCCUGGCUCAAGGUCUAACGACUGCAGCAAUCAAAGACACUGGCUCGACUGGAGGGUCCAGCCAGCCUCGAGGUGUUGAUAUGUCGAAACGAGACGUUGUUGAACUUCAAGUCUUCAAGGACCCGGCAUUGAUGUCCAAAGAUGAGGCGAAUGCAAGUGGCAUGCCUGGAGACUCCGAGGACGACGAGGACGAUUUCACCUAUUGAACGAAAGCUGCAAUGUGACAAGCGGGCUGAAGCAGAGUCGUUGGGACGAUGCAUGGUAUGGGGGACAGCAGGGAAGGUAGGCAACGACCACUCAGAGUGUUUUCCGUCCUCACGACACCAGGGAGGGUUCCAAGUUCAACUUUAUUCCAUUUUGCAUGUGCGCUGGCGUGCUAUGAUACCCCAAUGACGAGGUUCAGAUUGAUAUGCAUUUCAGGGCGAAAUGGGUUUACAUAAGUGUGUUCAAUGAGCUGGCGAUGACAAUCCUGCGACUACGACAGUCUCGAAAAAGGCCUUGGGAGGCUCGAGCAAUGAUGUGUAUGUACUAUUAGCAUGAGACAUGAGAAACGAG